AUGGCUUUGGGAAGAGUUUCUGCAAUCUUCAAGAAGCUCAUGCUCUGUGACAUAUUUGAAGUUAAUCCAACUUUUUCAACAAUGAAACAUUUGAUUGAAUUGCUUGCACAGGAUCAGCCACAUGUUGAAUUUCUGAAAGAACUACCUGAUGCUGUCUAUCCAGUGAUUGCAAAACAAACAUCAAAGAAGAAACAUGGAACUUCAUUCUUGGAUGAAAUCCAGGAGCUCUUUAAGCAUGACCUGGAAAACAAGAAAGAAUCAAUCUAUCAGCAAUGUAAGGACGUGUACCUCAUAGCUGAGCCUUACCUACUCAGAACAAUUGACAUUUUGCUCAAGCAUGGAUUUUGUGAUAAGGAAGAUCUCAGAAGACUGUUUCAAGAAGAUCAAAUUCUAUGGUCUCUAGCUGAUAGCAGGAUCCAGGCUAUCUCCACAGCCCUCCCACAUGCUAAAAUUCAAUAUUCCGGCACAGAUCCCACUGAAAACUGGUUUUGGCCAUCAGAUUUCCAGUUCCUUCAAGGUGAUUAUUUAUGA